CAUUAAGCCAUUAGAAAAUGACGUAAACACUCCUUAAUUAAUUAAUUAACCAACCCCAAAUGUAGGAAAAUGAUUAGGACUAAUCGGUGGCUUCCAAUAUUAUUCAAAACGACGCCGCUUAACGCAACUCAUCACAAACCGAUUAUUUCAAAAAAUAUAUAUUCCCUACUUUACUUCUACUCUUACAAAGUACUUUUGUCUGCCGGCGCAAACACCAGAUCUCUCCUCCCGAGUUAAACACCAGUUAUUAAAGCAACCUGUUCUGUUCUAACCAACCCGGAAGAAAAAGUUUCGAUUUUUAUAAAACUUUAGUGGAGAACGAAGAAGAUGGAGUACGAGAAUGGGAAGAAGAGGAAAGUUCGAAACAGACAGCAACAAUUAAAACCACAGUUCUUGUCUCCAAGGUAUCUAACAAUAAGCCUCUGUUCUUUCUUCGUCUUGCUCUUCUUCUUAUCCUCCAACCGAAUCUCCGUCCGUUCCGAUUCUCUGAGACCCUCUCUUCGUCUCCCUGCUCUCUCCGUCUCAUCUUCAAUGGACCGUUCCCUUCACGCUAGAUUAUUCCCUCCAUUGAGAGUCGAAGACAGAGUCCAGUUCCCAGACCACCUCCUUCUCAUUCUCUCGACCAAAAUCGAGAAAGGCGUGAAGAAAGACUUAGUCUGUGUUUACCACGGAGGAAGAAAGGAAGAGACUUUGGCUUUGCCGUCGAUCUCUAGCGACGAACUCGACGAGUUCAGAUCGAUAGUUCGAUGCCCAAAUGCUCCUUUGAACUACUCUUCCUCUGUUAAUAUCCAAUCCCGUGGAGAUACGAGAGAGAGUGAGAAGGUUCAUGAUUGGUCAAAAGUUGUUUACGACGCGGUGGUUGACGCCGACGGCGACGGAGACACGGUGGUUGUGUUUGUCAAAGGGUUGACUCGAAGACCCCACAAGGAGUCAGAUCCUUCUAACUACAAAUGCCAUUUCGAGACACGUGUCGAAGUUUUACUCACGCAAGCUCUCGCUGCGGCGCAAGAGGUAGUGAGGUGUGUUUUGCCAGAGAGCUUGAAGCUAAAUCCGGAGCCGUUUCGUGUGAGUGUGAGUGUAAGAGUAAGAGGAAGAUCCACGCCUGCUUUACCAUCCGUCGCGAGAAUCUACGGUUCAGAUUCCAUCGUGAAGGUGAAGAAGAAGCAUGAGCUUUGCGUUUGCACGAUGCUAUGGAACCAAGCUCCCUUCUUGCGCGAAUGGAUAAUGUACCACUCGUGGUUAGGCGUCGAGCGUUGGUUUAUAUACGACAACAACAGCGACGACGAUAUUCAAGAGGAGAUUAAAUUGCUUAACUCGGAGAGUUACAACGUGAGCCGACACGUUUGGCCGUGGAUCAAGACGCAAGAAGCUGGUUUCUCUCAUUGCGCGGUUAGAGCUAAAAGUGAAUGCAACUGGGUCGGGUUCUUCGACGUGGACGAGUUCUACUACUUCCCUACGCAUCGCUCUCAAGGCUUACCUAGCAAAAACGCUUUAUCCUCUCUUGUGUCUAACUACACUUCGUGGGGUUUGGUUGGAGAGAUUAGAACCGAAUGUCAUAGCUACGGUCCGUCCGGUUUAACCUCGGUUCCGUCACAAGGCGUGACGGUGGGGUACACUUGUAGACAAGCGAACCCGGAGAGACAUAAGUCUAUAAUCCGACCAGAACUGCUGACGAGCUCGUUGCUAAACGAAGUACAUCAUUUUCAGAUGAGGGAAGGUGUGGGGCAUGUGAGUUUGGUGGAGAGCGUUGCGGUUGUGAACCAUUACAAGUACCAAGUGUGGGAGACUUUUAAAGCGAAGUUUGAGAGGAGAGUGGCGACUUAUGUUGUGGACUGGCGAGAGAAUCAGAACCAAGGGUCUAAAGACCGAGCUCCGGGGCUAGGGACGGAGGCGGUUGAGCCGGUGGAUUGGAAGAGACGGUUCUGUGAGGUUUGGGAUACUGGUUUGAAGGAUUUGGUUUUGUCGAGUUUUGCUGAUCAAGUGACUGGCUAUUUGCCUUGGCAGAGGCAACUACAAGAAUGAUGACUUUAAUUCUUUUUUAGUUGGGUUCUGAGGUUAACUUCAGGUGUACAUUUGACGAGUAUACAUGCCAACACGACAUUAAUAGUUUACUUAUUAGUUAUUUAAUUGGUUCUUUUUUGGGGGAGUUGAAAUGGUUACUAAUGUUUUGUUUCUUAAGAGUUUUUUUACCACAUCUGUAAAUCUUGGUGACACUGAAAAUUUAAGUUGUUUUUUGGGGGUUCUUUGUUAGUUAUACCACUUUUCUUAUUUUUUAGUGUUCUUGUUUUUCUUCUGUCCUGCUUGCUGUAAAGUUCUGUACAUUCGUUUAGGUCAUUAAUUUAAUCUUUGGAAUGUAUGAAAUGAGAAAGAUUGAUUGUGCCUUGUUUCUUAA